UAGCUUCAUGGAAACGAUAACAGGAAUCAAAGCUUAUAUGAUAAACAGAAAACAAAACAUGGGAAAAAGAACAAAGAAAAGAGAGAAGGAACUACAUUCUACAUAGUAUAAAGCUGAAGAGGAAGGUUGGCGAACAUCCCUUAGUACCUACUCUCUCUCUCUCUGGUCAGUUGGAGGAGCAGCAGAGGAAAUGGCACCUAUUGGUCUGCCUCCUGGAUUCCGGUUUCAUCCCACUGAUGAGGAACUUGUGGCUUACUAUCUCAAGAGGAAGAUCAAUGGGCACAAAAUUGAAUUGGAGAUCAUUCCUGAAGUCGACCUCUACAAAUGCGAACCAUGGGAUUUACCAGGUAAAUCCUUGUUACCGAGCAAAGACUUAGAGUGGUAUUUCUUCAGCCCACGAGAUCGUAAGUACCCAAAUGGCUCGAGGACCAACCGUGCAACUAAGCUUGGCUAUUGGAAGGCCACUGGGAAAGACCGCAAGGUGACCUUGCAGAAGCGAACAGUGGGCAUGAAGAAAACCCUAGUUUACUACAGAGGCCGAGCACCCCAUGGCUCUCGAACCAAUUGGGUCAUGCAUGAAUACCGCCUUGAUGAGAAAGAAUGUGAAACUAACUCUGGUUUGCAGGAUGCAUAUUCAUUAUGCCGUGUAUUUAAGAAGAGCAUGCUUGGUCCAAAGAUCAUAGAUCGGUAUAAUGCGUCUCAUGAGGAGCACUCUCAAAGGAUGUUGAGUGACAACACAUUGACUACUGAUGCUUUAGCCGAUGGAGGGGAGGGCAGGGAGAGUUAUGGAUACCUUUAUCCACUCGAGACAUGCUCAUCAAACCGUCCUCAAGGAGCCCUAUGUGAUGCAAAUACUCCAAUAACUGACAAGUGGGUGCAGCUUCUGGCAGACGAGGCGUUUAUAUCUACUCCUAUGUUGUUUGACAACCCACUGAAGAAUUGCUACAUUCAAUCCAAGGUUGAUGUAGCACUGGAAUGUGCUAAGCUGCAACACAGGCUUUCUUUGCCACCAUUGGAGCUGGAGGACUUUCCUCAAAUAGAUUUGCUGAAUACAAAGGCCCUCGAAUGUGGAUUCAUUGAAGGAAAUACUAGUGAAGUUGAUGCUUUGCAAGAAAUCCUUUCGGUUGCUUCAGCUUCUCAGGAGCUAAUCAAUAACCCCAACUAUCCAUAUGCAUGGACUAAAGUUAGUCCCUAUUUUAUGAAGCCUAUAGAUGAACAAAAAAUCGAUGGAAGCACACGGCUUUGCCAAAUGGAGAGUGUGGGAGAGCAGGCAAGCUUGAGGGAUAUCAGUGAGCUGGAAGAGGAGUUGAUGGAAGAGAAAAAGACUGUGGAAAACCUAAGAAAGAUAACAAUGUCGAUGUCUGACACAGUGAAGGUGAUUUUUGAAGAAAACAAAAACACACAGAUUGAAAGCAUUCCUAACUAGAGGAUGCAAAUGCUAAAGUUGACUGCAGGAGAGAAUAAUCAAAAUAGCACUGACUCACGUGACAUCCAGAAAAAGUCCACUUACAUUCCAUCUCAAUCAAAUGACCUCCCUACCGGAUUUCCUGACAUUCACCAAAAUGCAGCCUAUUAAGAGGAUUGUCAACUUGAUUUUUACUUCAGCACGCCAACUUUUAACGCCAUCACAAAGGGCGACACCAACCAUGGGUAUUUUGUGUCAAGUGGUAGCAUGACUGAAACACUUUUUCAUCAUGUUGAGUCCUUGGAGAAGGUUAGCAUCCAUUGGAAUCCGAUAGCAAAACUAGACAGUAGAGUUAGGGAAUUUGGGUUUUCGAUGAAAGAUAGAGGUAGAGUUUCAGUUUUUGUAACCUUCAAGGCAAUACUCGGGGACAAACUCAAGCGACUUAUGAUCUCUAUGAAGAAAUGCAGAAGAUCUUGUUUAGAUGAUGAAGCAGUGGAUGCCUUUAUAAACAUGAGCCAUUUUAAGGGAAGGUCUCUUCAAGUUAGUAAUGCAUGAAGAAGGAAAGAUAUGGACGGUGUUCUGUUGGAUAUGUAAUAAUUUGCGAAUAUCUAGAUGCGAGCUACAUCAUUUCGCUUCCUACUGGAAAGAGGGACAGACAUUUCCGAUAUGUUUUUGAAUGGAAUGGUCUACUCUCACUAUAUUCUGGUCCUAUGAAUCGGGGAUUAAUUAAUUGUCUUGCCCUUCACAUCAAGGAAUCAUCUCUUCCUUCUAUUCGUUUGUAGAUCUAAUGCA